GGAAAGGACGGAAACAAACCUGCGCGCGCGCAGUCGCACAUCAAUCGUCGCAAACAUUCGACAAGCUAAUAUGGCUGCGGCAGUUGAGAGUGUCGUGAAAGUGCUCGGUGAGCAGUACUACAAAGAUGCCAUGGAGCAGUGCCACAACUAUAACGCCCGCCUGUGCGCGGAGAGGAGCAUCCUCAUGCCCUUCCUCGACUCCCAGACGGGGGUGGCUCAGAGCAACUGCUACAUUUGGAUGGAAAAAAGACACAGGAGUCCAGGCACAGCCCCAGGACAGCUGUAUACGUAUCCAGCCCGUCGCUGGAGGAAAAAGCGAAGGGCCCAUCCUCCUGAGGACCCUGCUCUGGUGUUCCCGCCUCUGAAAGCAGCUGACCUGGAGCUGGGUCUGAAGAAGGACGUGCUGCCUCCGCUGGACGGCAGUAGCCUGGAGGCCCUGCUGAAGGGGGAGCCCCUGGACAAGAGAGGGCCGCCAGAGCUCCGUGGGCCUGAGGAGGACUCCAGCGUGGCCGAGAUCACAGCCACCCCCAGCCACACCGGCUCCACCCGCAUACGGAAGGUACGCAGAUGCACAGAGAGGAUCCUGGAUCCUGACGACUAUCUGGAUGAUCUGGAUGACGAGGACUUUGAAGAUGAGACCCCCAAGAGAAGGGGCAAAGGGAAGUCUAAGGGCCGUGGUGUUGGAAAUGGAAAGAAGAAGCAGGAUUCGUCGUCCGCAGCUGCACAGGAGGAUCGAGACAAGCCCUACGCCUGUGACAUCUGUGGCAAGCGGUACAAGAACCGUCCGGGCCUGAGCUACCACUACACCCACUCUCACCUGGCGGACGAGGAGGGAGAGGACAAAGAGGAGGCCGAGAUCCACACCCCAGUCCCACGCGAGGAGACCAAGACUCCUAAGAAAGGACCCAAUGGAUUGGCCAUGCCCAAUGAUUACUGUGAUUUCUGCCUGGGGGAUUCCAACAUGAACCAGAAGACGGGGCAGUCUGAGGAACUGGUGUCCUGCUCAGACUGCGGACGCUCCGGUCACCCGUCCUGUCUGCAGUUCACCCCGGUGAUGAUGGCCGCAGUGAAGACCUACCGCUGGCAGUGCAUCGAGUGCAAGUGCUGUAACGUCUGCGGAACGUCUGAGAAUGAUGACCAGCUCCUGUUCUGUGAUGACUGUGACAGAGGAUACCACAUGUACUGCCUCACACCUCCUAUGUCCGACCCUCCUGAAGGGAGCUGGAGCUGUCACCUGUGUCUGGCCCUGCUCAAGGACAAGGCCUCCAUCUACCAGCAGCCUCCGGUCGCGCAGAUGGAGUAACCAUCUCAUCUCCUUUCAUUUCAUCCCACGCCUGCAGCAGCACCCAAGAGAGCACACCGCUUCCACAGCACACCCCCUCUUCCUGCUUUUACAAACACUCUCACUCUCUCUCUCUCUCUCUCUCUCUCUCUUUCCCUCUCCCUCUCUCACACACACACACUUCUUAUACACAUGUGGACAGACACUGAGAGACUCACAGACAAACACGCAAAUGCAAAUACACAUACACUGUCACACAUUUGUACAAAUAAACGCGCGCGUACACACUCUCACCUGUGUGCACAAACUCUUUCUCACAGCACAGGACUGGCUCCUGCCAUGUCCACAGAGAGACCCACCACAGCACCUUUACUUUGCCUAUGAUCUCCAUUCCAGCAUGCAAACUUCCACAUUCCACUCUAUAGAUGGUCCAUCUUCUUGCAUGCUUGGUAUCACUGAGACACUAACCAGCGAUGAACUUUUUUUUUUUUUUUUUACCUGCUUUCCUUCCUUUGUUUUUUCUCCAGCGUCUAUGUUAUGGCUGAGGUGGUAGCGUGAAUUGGAGACGGAUGUUGUUUUUAUGUAUUGCCAAAUUUCUGUGUCUUAUGCAGGUCAAACAAAAAAGAAAGGAAAAAAUUGUAAAGGCCAAAAUGAUUUGGAUAGCUUGUGGUGGUCCUAUGUAGUGCUGUGUGUCAGAUAUAUACAUCUGUUGUAAUGGUAAAUUUGAUGUAAAAUGUUUUUUAUUAUUAAUAAUAAUUGGAGUAGUACUUCCUGCGUCUGCAGGAUAUUCUGGUGCCAAGGUCCUGAUGAUCACAAAAAGAGUCACACAGUCCUAACUAUGUUGGGAACUUACUGUCAUAGUUUUUAAAAACUCACUGAAACUACUAAAUAUAGUUCUAGGUUUGGGGUCCAUCUCAAAAGCAUGUCUCAUGUGUUGAUACACUCGCACAAUCCUCUUCACUACAAAUGUCUGUGGAGGGGGGCGGGGUCUCUUAUAGUGGAAUUUUGUAUAUGAAAGAUGACGUCUAUAGCCAACUGCUUAUGCCUAAAUAUAGCAAGCACCGUAUCACAUUUUGUAUUUGUCUGUUUUAUUUUUAGUUUUUUUCAGUGGUGGUUUUUCAUAUUUUUGUCUUUGUUCAUUAAAGUAAAUUAAUGUUUUUUUUUUCACUUUCUUAUUACUUUUUCCUCCUAUUAAAGUAUUCAUGUAACUGAGAAAUAUGCCUCAUCUUUUUAUAACAUUUUGCAAAAUGACAUGUUCACAAAAGAAUUGCAUGAAAUAAAGUUUUCAAACCUC